CUGAGAGCGCAGGGCCAAAUCUGGCGGUGUCCUACUGCAGUGUGGCUGAUUAUGUACCCCCAUGAAGGGAAGAAGGGACAGGAAUGCCCUCUUUUUCCAAAUUGGCCAUCUAGUCCAGGGCUUCAAACACUGGUUUAAUGGUGAAGGUCAAAGCCUGUCGUGGGGACACAGAUUCAGGGCAGAGGGGCACUCCACCGCAAAGUGUGUUCCACUCCCCGGAGAAGCAAGAUGGAUGAGAAACCUACGACCAGCAAAGGUUUCUGCUCACUGCGCUAUGGGCUGGCUCUCAUCAUGCACUUCUCGAACUUCACCAUGAUAACGCAGCGCGUGAGUCUGAGCAUCGCCAUCAUCGCCAUGGUGAACAGCACGCAGCAGCACGGCCCAGCUAACGCCUCCACCGAGGGGCCUCUGCCAGACCCCCUCAGCAACCGGAGCAGAGCCUUGAGGGACUUUAACACAAGGGCUGCAGUCUAUCAGUGGAGCCCAGAGACCCAGGGCAUCAUCUUUAGCUCCAUCAGCUAUGGAAUAAUCCUGACUCUAAUACCGAGUGGCUAUCUGGCGGGGGUCAUGGGAGCAAAGCAGAUUCUUGGUGCCGGCCUGCUGACCUCAUCUCUCCUCACCCUCUUUACUCCACUGGCCGCUGACUUUGGUGUGAUUUUGGUCAUUGUCAUCCGCACAGUCCAGGGAAUGGCCCAGGGAAUGGCAUGGACAGGUCAGUUUACAAUUUGGGCAAAGUGGGCCCCUCCACUUGAACGGAGCAAGCUCACCAGCAUUGCGGGUUCAGGGGCAGCAUUUGGGUCCUUCAUCAUCCUCUGUGUGGGGGGAUUAAUUUCACAGGCACUGGGCUGGCCUUUUAUCUUCUACAUCUUUGGCAGUAUUGGCUGUGUGUGCUGCGUCCUGUGGUUCACAGUGAUCUAUGAUGAUCCCAUGCAUCACCCGUGUAUAAGUACCAGAGAAAAGAACCACAUCGUCUCGUCACUGGCCCAGCAGCCCAGUUCUCCCAGAAGAUCUGUCCCUAUAAAGGCUAUGGUCAGGUGCCUGCCACUUUGGGCCAUUUUCAUGGGGUUUUUCAGCCAUUUCUGGCUGUGCACCAUUAUCAUAACAUACCUACCGACGUACAUCAGUACCGUGCUCCAUGUUAACAUCAGAGAUAGCGGGGUUCUGUCCUCCCUGCCCUUUGUCGCUGCCUCAAGCUGUACGAUUUUGGGAGGUCAGGUGGCCGAUUUCCUUCUGUCAAGGAAUCUUCUCAGCUUGCUCGCAGUACGAAAAGUCUUUUCAUUCCUAGGGCUCUUCCUCCCAUCACUCUGUGCAGUGGCCCUGCCCUUUGUGACUUCCAGCUACAUAACCACCAUCAUCUUAUUGAUACUCAUUCCUGGGACCAGCAACUUUUGUGAUUCAGGGUUCAUUAUCAACACCCUAGACAUUGCCCCCAGAUACGCAAGUUUCCUCAUGGGGAUCUCAAGGGGAUUCGGGCUUACUGCAGGAAUCAUCUCUUCCACAACCACCGGAUUCCUAAUCAGUCAGGAUUCUGAGUCUGGAUGGAGGAAUGUGUUUUUCCUGUCUGCCGUGGUCAACAUGUUCGGUCUGGUCUUUUACCUCACAUUCGGACAAGCAGAAAUUCAGGACUGGGCCAAAGAAAGGACUCUCACCCGCCUCUGAGGAUGCAGAGUUGUAACCUGAAGUGAAGUGCCAACCCUUCACUCUAAUUUUUUUACUCAUGAGCAUUUUUCAUGCGCAGGACUGACACCGCUGUUCUCCACUCUGGCUGGAUGCUAGAUCUUCCUAGGGAGCUUCAAAAAUAUAUGCCCAGGCCGCACUUGAGAGUGAAUUAGUGUCAGGUAGAGCCUGGAUGGCACUAAAUUUUGGGCUUCCAGAAGUUUUUUUCUGACAUGCAACCGUGGAUACGCUGUGAACAGAGUCUCCCAGACAGGUCAAGUGUAGCUUGUAUUAUAUGAGACAACCGUGACAGGGCUUGCAGCAACACAUUUCAAGUUUUCUGGUAAUUGGUAAAAGAAUUGAAGUUAAUGCUGGUUGCCUUUGAAUUGUCCUCUUUGGAAGGCACUAGGUGAAUAAAAUCUAUCUGAAAACAA